CCACGCCAUCAAUACAAUUCAUUUAUUUUCUCUUCUCUUCUCCCCUCUUAACCCUACGUCUUCCCUUCCCAAAAAACUUUCUUUUUCACGCAAACACACCUACACACUCUCUUUUACGUACCUCCCUGACGCCACUUACACAAUAAUGAAGUUCUCUGUUUCUACUUUCGCUCUGUGCGCUGUGCUGGCCGCCGCUGCCGUCAAGGCCCAGGAUGCUGGCGUCAUUGAUGAUGGUUCUGGCUCGCUCGAUAACGGUGAACUCGACGAUGGCCUUCUUGGUGGUGACUUGAUCGGCGAUGCUCUGGUCAUUGUCAACACCAAAGCCCCAGUUGUCGCCCCCACCUCUACUCAGGCAGCCGUUUUGGCCCCGUCCACCAUUCCUGACAGCAAUGACAACAGUGUUGUCAACAUCAAGCCCAAGGCUAAUGAGGCAACCAUCUCUACCACUAUUUCUGCUCCUGCUGUCGUGGACACCGCAAAAUCCACACCUAUCUCCGACAAUGUCCCUGCUGUCGCUGAUACCGCUAGCUCCAAUAGCUCUAGCUUGAGCGAGGACGCCGAGGUCGGUGUUAUCAACGACAGCGCCAUUGUUAUCUCUGCCGAAGCCAGUGCCUCGGAGAGCAGCACCGCUGUCAAGGAUACCACUACUGUUGUCGAGGAUACCACUGCUGCCGUCGAGGAUACCACUGCCGUUAUCGAGAAUACCACUGCCGCUGUUGAGGACACCACUGCUACUGUCAAGGCCACCACUGCUGAAGUUCCUGAUAUCGCCUCUGAAGCCUCUGAGGAGGAGCUUGACUCUGGCCUUCCCGACAACGAGGUGAGCGAUGCCAGCGAGGAAAAGUCUAGCAGCAGCAUCAAGGCCAGCUCUAGCAAGAAGCCUGCUUCUUCCUCCCAUGACGAGGAUGAUGAGUCCAGCAGCAGCAGCACUGGAACCAUUAUCCCUGCUCUGUCACUUACAACCCUGCUUAUUGCCGGUGUGUCCAGCAUGCUUUUUUAAACAGUCAAACCAUGCUCUUGGUAGUGCCAAUUCUAUUUGAGUUAAUAUAUCAAAAGCGUUCUUUAUUGUUAUCCAACGCCAAAGCGCG